UCCAGUGUAAACCUAGGACGUUUGGUGCAUGGUGAUGUCUGUGACUGUCUGGUUCCUCCUACAGUGUGUGCUGUGAUGGAGCUUCUUGAAGAUAUAGGUGGGAAGAAGGUGCUGCUGGUGGGGACACACGGGGCAGAGGGAGCUGCCCUGCAGAGCGUGCUGCAGCGUCGCGGAGCCGCCGUGCUCAGCUGCCACUGGGGAGCCCCACAGCUGCAGAGUGAGCUCCAUCACGCAGACGCGGUGGUGUUCGGCAGCAUGAAACCCCAUGGAGUUCCUGUGAGCUGCACAAAGCCUGGGGCCACCAUCAUCAACUGUGCUCGUGGUCCUCUGCCAGAGAAACACAGCUAUGGUCAGCAGAACAACCCUGCUGAUGAAAAGACUGUUGGUUCUCUUGCAGUAGCAAUGAGAAUGCAGAACAUGGUAAAAAACAUGGAGCGAUGGAUCCAGUCCCAGCAGUACAGGAAGUGGGACCUCCACAGCUUAAAACUGCAGCCCCUCUCCCCAGUGCCCAGUGAUAUUGAGAUUUCCCGAGCACAGAGUCCAAAAGCUGUUGAUGUACUUGCCAAGGAGAUAGGAUUGCUUACAGAUGAAAUUGAGAUCUAUGGCCAAACCAAAGCCAAAGUACGUUUGUCCCUGCUGGAAAGGUUAAGGGAUCAACCAGAUGGAAAAUAUGUUCUAGUUGCUGGAAUAACCCCUACACCCCUAGGAGAGGGGAAAAGCACAGUCACAGUUGGUCUCGUUCAGGCGCUUACUGCACACCUUAACAUUAAUUCCUUUGCUUGUCUGAGACAGCCUUCUCAAGGACCUACUUUUGGAGUGAAAGGUGGAGCAGCUGGAGGUGGAUAUGCUCAAGUGAUCCCCAUGGAGGAGUUCAAUCUUCAUUUGACUGGAGAUAUUCAUGCUAUAACUGCUGCAAAUAAUUUGCUGGCUGCUGCUAUUGAUGCUAGGAUCUUGCAUGAGAAUACUCAAUCUGAUAAGUCUCUGUAUAACAGGCUGGUUCCGGUGGUUAAUGGCGUGAGAGGAUUUUCUGCUAUUCAGCUUGCCCGCCUGAGAAGGCUGGGAAUAAACAAGACUGAUCCUAAGACUUUAACAGAAGAGGAGAUCAGCAAAUUUGUACGCCUUGAUAUUGACCCAUCCACCAUAACAUGGCAAAGAGUGGUGGAUACAAAUGACAGAUUCCUGCGCAGAAUAACAGUUGGUCAGGCAAACACGGAGAAGGGAUUUGUCCGUCAGGCUCAGUUUGAUAUUGCUGUUGCAAGUGAGAUUAUGGCCAUCCUGGCACUUACCACCAGCCUUCAAGAUAUGAAAGAAAGACUGGGGAGAAUGGUGGUGGCUAAUGACAAGAAAGGACAACCAGUAACAGCAGAGGAUUUGGGAACACCAGUAUUUGUUCACGCUGGACCUUUUGCUAACAUUGCACAUGGAAAUUCUUCUGUUUUGGCAGAUAAAAUUGCUCUUAAAUUAGUUGGAGAGAAAGGAUUUGUAGUAACUGAAGCUGGCUUUGGUGCUGACAUUGGGAUGGAGAAAUUCUUCAACAUCAAAUGCAGAGCGUCUGGCUUGGUUCCCAGUGUGGUUGUACUUGUUGCUACAGUGAGGGCUUUGAAGAUGCAUGGAGGUGGGCCAAAUGUAACUGCUGGUGCCCCCUUGAAGAAAGAAUACACAGAAGAGAACCUCCAGCUGGUAGCUGAUGGCUGCUGUAAUCUACAGAAACAGAUUCAAAUUACUCAGCUCUUUGGAGUUCCUGUUGUGGUUGCUCUGAACGUCUUCAAAACUGACUCUCCAGCUGAGAUUGAUCUGGUGUGUAAGAUUGCAAAGGAGUCUGGAGCAUUUGAUGCUGUACCCUGCCAUCACUGGUCGGCUGGUGGUAAAGGAGCAGUAAAAUUAGCUCAAGCUGUGGAAAAGGCAGCCAAUCAAAAAAACAGUUUCAAAUAUCUCUACAGCUUGGAGCUUCCUAUUGUUGAAAAAAUAAGGAUCAUUGCUCAGAAGGUGUAUGGAGCUCAGGAUAUCGAGUUGUCUCCUGCUGCCCAGUCUCAAGUUGAUCGUUACACCCAGCAGGGAUUUGGAAAUCUUCCCAUUUGCAUGGCAAAAACUCACCUAUCCCUCUCCCAUCAGCCUGAGAGGAAGGGUGUUCCCACUGGUUUCAUUUUGCCGAUCAGCGAUGUGCGGGCCAGCAUUGGAGCUGGAUUCAUCUACCCUCUGGUAGGAACGAUGAGCACCAUGCCAGGACUGCCCACAAGGCCAUGCUUCUAUGACAUUGACCUUGACCCCAUCACAGAGCAAGUGAAAGGAUUGUUUUGAGAGUGACAUCCAAAUUCAGAAGCCUGAAAAUUAAGAACUCCAACUUUCCUGUUUCCUGCAAGUAGGAGACAAAAAAUGAAUCUGAAAUAUUCCUGUUAUGUGUCUCUGGAGCAAUGUCAAGAUAGACCAAAGAGCAAAAGUUUACUGUUUCUUCAAACUAGUUUUUAUGAUGAAAUAUAGCUGUAUGGUUUAAAAAAAAAAAAAAAAAAAAA